UUGUCUCUCCUAAACUCAAGACAGGGUUCAAGUCUUCUUCUUCUUCCAAACAAAAAAAGGGUCAAGUAAUACAGGCGUGGUUCGAAAUACAGGGACCAGAACCACGCCGUCUAACUGCAGUACUAGUAAGCACCUUCUGAAGAGAAGCCCGAGAAAUCCACACAGCAUAAACCCCAAACCCCCCAACACUACUCCCCCAAACCCAUCCCUGCUCAUUUGCAGAAAGCUUUCGAUGUUGUUGCAGAGACGCCUUCUCUGCACCCAAGUUCCAAAACGUUCAAUCCACCCAACCCACCAUCAAAACUCCAAUCUCAACAACAAGAAAUGGGCGAUAAAGCAAGUAACAAAAUCCAACUUCGCAGAGACGUUAGAGGAGAUCAAAACCCACAUCUUUAAUUCUGAUUUUAUUGCUGUUUCUUUGCAAAAGACUGGUGCUUUUUCAUCUCCUUGGCAAAAAGUUUUGCCCUUUGAUACUGCUGAGGUUGCUUACCUUAAAGCUAAGUAUGCAGCCGAGAGGUUUCAGGUCCUUCAGUUUGCUGUUUGCCCUUUUUCUGUUAAAUCUUCCAAGAUUAUUGCUCACCCGUACAAUUUUCAUUUGUUCCCCAGGGAUGAGUUAAAAAUGGGGAUGCCUUCUUACAGCUUUUUCUGUCAAUCAUCGUACUUAACCGCUAUGGCUCAAGAAGGUUUUGAUUUUAAUGCCUGCAUAUAUGAUGGCAUAUCAUACUUAUCGAGAGCUCAAGAAUUAGCUGCAAAAGAUAGGACUGGAAACCCAUUGCCUAGAAGCUAUAUGAAACCGUCUCAAUCUCCUACAGUAUAUUCUGUUGCUGAUUCUAUGUUUGUAGACAGGAUUAAAUCUCGAAUUAAAAUCUGGAAAAGGACAUGUCAAGAUUCAGAAAAGAAGACUGAAGAUGACUUGAUUAGUACUUUGAGAAAAAUAGUCUCGGGAGGUGAAGUGUUUGGCUCAAGACCAAGCUUGAGCAUAGAUAUCUGCAGUGAACGUCAAGUGCAGCUUAUACUGGAGACGUUACAGGAGUUUACUGAUCUUGUGCCAUUAUUGGUUCCAGCAAAGGUAGGUGGUAGCCAGGCUAUUCGGGUUGUUUUGACCAGUUCAAAAGAGGACAGAAACGUUUUUGAGAAGGAACUACAACUCAUGGAAGAGGAACAUAAUAUGCAGGUUCGUGGGUUCAGGGAGGUUGUCGAUUUGAUUUCCACUUCUCAGAAGCCAGUUGUAGCCCAUAAUGCUAUCAAUGAAUUUGCAUUUAUCCAUUCAAAGUUCAUAGCUCCAUUGCCUUCAACAGUAGAUGAAUUUAGGAGUUCCUUGUGUUCAGUGUUUUCUCAUAUAGUUGAUGUCAACCAUCUUAUGAGGGAAAUUGGUCCUCUGAAUAAAGUAAACAACCUACCUGCAGCAAUUUUAUAUUUGAAAAGAAGGUUCACUAGGCCGCUACACAUGGAGAUUCCUCAACAUAUUGAUGGAGAUGAAGUCAGGGUUCAUGGGCGUGAUGUUCUAAGGAUAAGUGAGUUAUUUGCCAAGCUCUGUUUAAUAUUGAGAAUUGUUCCAGAAUCUCCGGAAGCUGAUUAUUCCACUUCCUCCUCCACCCUUGAAUGCUAUGCAAAUGUCUUCAAUCCUUGCUUCAUCAGUUCAUCAGAUCUUUUAGAUGAUGAUGUAAACAUUUCAACUGAAAAAACUAGAAGAAUUAGUGUUGCAAAUUUGGUGUUCUUGUGGGGAUUUAGAGGUAUGAUGUCUGCUCGCAAGCUGAAGAGCCUGCUUAAAGGUUCUCAUGAAGUGUUCUCUGGAGAAAUUGAUGUUCGACUAGCCGAUAGGAAUUGUGCAAUUGUUGUUUUCUGGGCUCCUGGCUUUGCUGAGAGAUUUUUGAAGGUAAUGAAUUCUGGUGGAACAAACUGCGAGCCUAUCAAGGACAUGAUCUCAGAAGGUCUGAGAGCUGCAUGCUAUAGAACUUAUAAAAGAGUCUGUGAACUCAGUAUAUGGGAACCUUCUUUGGCAGAUGCUCUAGAAAAAGCCUUGGAAGAAGCUUCAGAUCUUCCAGAAGCAAACUCAGAAGAAGAGCUACCAGCAAUCUGCUGGGACAAUGAUGAGUUGACCAACCUUGAUGACCUUUGAGAUGGCCCAUAUUACAAGACUCGUGGCUAUCUAAUUCUCAACUGUACUGGACCAGCAAGAUAGUUUCGUAAUUUGGCCUGAAACAUGAAUGUGGAUUAAACUUGAAGUUUCUAAAUCAGAUGAUUGCAUGAACUUCAAGGUAUAAUAAGUCUAAGCAGACCCCUAGGACAGCUUUUUC